UGAGCCUCAAGCUACUCGGGCAUUUGUGGCAUCUGCCUGAUUUCAGCAACCCCCAUGAAAACAGCCCUGUAAACACCCUCAAGAGAUGGACAGACAAACAAACACACACCAACAUUUUCCUUAGGCAGCAUGGACAUCAAGGAGUAUUUUGCCAGAAUUUCUUACCAGGACUCUCACAAUAAGCCAGACCUGGCUACGAUGUCAGAUAUAUUCCAGCACCACAUCCGAGCUAUCCCUUAUGAAAACCUCAGCAUCCACUGUGGAGAAAGAAUUGAGCUGGAUCUGGAACCAAUCUACAACAAGAUAGUGAGGAAGAAACGUGGGGGCUGGUGCAUGGAAAACAAUUACCUUCUGUCAUGGGUCCUGAAAACUCUUGGCUACGAUGUCACCCUUCUGGGAGCAAAAGUUUAUGUCCCAGAGCGUGAUGCCUAUCCCGAUGAAAUCAAUCAUCUGCUGCUACGAGUGGAGCUUGAUGGCAAAUCCUACAUUAUGGAUGCAGGAUUUGGGAUGGCCUACCAGAUGUGGCAGCCAAUGGAGCUGAUUUCAGGGAGAGAUCAGCCCCAGACUCCUGGGGUCUUUCGUUUUCAGGAGGAGAAUGGGAUUUGGUAUUUCGAGAAGGUGAGAAGGAAGCAGUGGGUUCUGAACCCAAGCACCUCGACUUCCCCAAAUGUGGAAAAUGAAGUUUGCCGUCGGGUUUAUCUCUUCACCCUUCAGCCACGAGAUAUUGAGGAGUUCAGGGGCUGCAAUGCCCACCUGCAGACAGCACCCAACUCAAAGUUUGUGUUGAAGUCCAUGUGCAGUCUGCAGACUGCUGACGGCAUCCGAGAACUGGUGGGGUGGAAACUCACAGAGAUAAAGUACAAUUAUAGGGACAAUAUGGAUCAUGUGGAAAUCACAAUCCUUGCAGAGGAAGAAUUAGAGAAAACACUGAGGGAGAAAUUCAGUCUAACACUAGACAAGAAAUUUGUACCUGUUGAUAACAAGUUGUUCUAACUCACUGCCUGGAUUACAAUUCAAUUCAGUGGCAUUACAAUCAAUUCUUCCCUCUCUUUCUGACAAGCAUCCAGAGGUUAAUCUUUCUCCUUCCUGCUACACCUGUGUAAGGAAGAACAUACUAUCAUGAAUCUGGAAAACAAAUGGAUUUUCACAACUAUUCCUGCCUUUCUUUUUAGGUUGGGUACCGAUAAUUUCUGCCAAGCUCAAUCAAAUCAUUAACCUUGUGUUUGUGCUUAGUGGGAAGCAGACUCAGCCCAUUCCCUACUCCUUCCACCUCUUAAAAGGUUUUCUAAACACACCCAGGGUAGCUGGGCAGAAUGAUGGAGCUGUAUGUCUUUGUCUUUACUACCUGGUGCUGCCACCUGGGGAAGAGGUCGUACUUGCCUAUUAAAUGAAUCCUUUAUUAUUUUGGGAGUGUAAUAGCCAAAACCAUGAAGACAUCCUGUGCUGAGUUUCUCCAGUCAAGCCAUUAGACUAUUCUUUUUGCUCUCACAUCCACAACACCCUCGCACAUGGCACUCAGGCCAUCCCACACCUGUGCAAAGUCACCAAGUGAGUACUUGAGGACAGGUUAUUUAUGACUCAGAACUGAUGAUAAGAAAUGCUAUUGACAAUUCUGUGUUGUUUCAGACUUUGCACAGCUCCUGUUCUCUCAGUGACAUAACCAGUGACAUAACCUUUCUUUGAACUGAAAGCAUCUCCUGAGCAUUUUGUUUGCUCACCCUCAGCAGCAGACUGCUGGCAAUACAUGUUCCUCUCCUCAGACUACUCUGGGUGCUAUUACAGCAGAACCCAAACGCACGCACAGAACUCUUUUUGUGAAACAGAUCUGUUCUACUGAGGAUGUGUUUGCAGUGACACUAAUUAUAUUGAUAUAAGGAGAAAUGAUGGAUCUUAAUCACAUACCUAAGGGCUAAGAUUUCUAGUAGGAGAAACAACUCAAAUGUGACCCCUUUGCCCUUUGAGAAGAUGCUUGAUGCUUUAUGUACAAAUCCUGGAAGCAUUACAACUCUGCACUUAUAAUUAAGCAAAUUAUAUUAGUGAAUUACAAUGAAAUAAAAAAAUCAAGCACUGUGAACUAGAAUUAUUCAGAUGUCCCCCCCCCCUAAAUUACAGCAUGCAUUCCCAUAGUAAAAAAUAAAUGUCAUUAAUCACUGAA